AGCUGACUCAGACUAUUGGCAUUACUUUUUUGUCCUAUUCUAUAGAUUAUACAGUUACCAGUGAAUCUCUUUGGCAAACAUGGAGAAACUUGUUUCUUGUGAUACUUUUGUUGUCUUGCAAAACCACACGAAAAAUGGGGUGGUUUUUGGUAAAAAUUCGGAUAGGCCUCAAGGAGAGGUCCAAGAAAUUGUCUAUGUGCCAGCCACAACCUCAUCAGAGCCUGUUAAAUGUACUUAUAUUGAGGUAGAAUCUUCAGGAAACACUAAGGCUGUAAUUUUAAGCAAACCCAAUUGGAUGUGGGGUGCUGAAAUGGGCUCUAAUGAAUGUGGGGUAGCAAUUGGAAAUGAAGCAAUAUGGACCAAGGAUAUGGGCGAUGAAAAUGAAAAAAAAUUACUUGGGAUGGAUCUUGUAAGACUGGGCUUGGAACGUAGCAGCAAUGCUACAGAGGCCUUAGAGGUCAUAACAAGUUUAUUAGAGAAAUAUGGACAGGGUGGGCCUUGUUCCAACACUGAUGCUGAGUUUAGUUAUUAUAAUUCAUUUUUAAUUGCUGAUCCAAAUACUGCUUGGGUCUUGGAAACAAAUGGGAAGCAUUGGGCAGCUGAACAAGUGACUAGUGGUUAUAGAAAUAUUUCUAACAAUUUAUCAAUAACAAAUAAAAUUGAUCGAUCAUCUGAGGGAUUAAUAGAUUAUGCUAAAUCCAAAGGUUUAUGGAAUGGAAGUGAUGAGUUUAAUUUUGCCUUAGUAUUUGGAGGUAGUGGAGAUCUGGGUAAUAGAUAUAAAGCAGGACAAAAAUUGUUAGAAAAACAUUCUUCUGCAAACAAUUUUAGGGAAACUGAUAUGUUUACUAUAUUAAGGGAUACUGAAUCUGAUAUUUGCAGAUCUUGUAAUGAUGCUUUCCCUACACAAAGUAGCCAAGUCUCUACGUUAACUAAUAAUAAACCAAGUGUUCAUUGGUUCACUGGAACACCAGAUACAUCAAAAUCGGUUUUUAAACCAUUUAUUUUUACACCAAACGCUGUAAUAUCAAAGCACACUCAAUGUCUUGAGGGAAUUGUACCACAUAAUUUAUAUAAACUUCAUUCUGAGGCUAUGAAGAAAGGCCCUGAGGUUUUAAAUUUGUUACGUAACAUGGAAGAAGACUGUGUGAAGGAAUUAGAAAAACUUACUGAAAGCAUUGGUAGUGAUUUAUCUGAAGUCGACGAUUUGCUCAAAGAUUGCGUAGAAACCGAAAUUAAAUUCUACCGCUAAACAUUUUGUUAAGUAUAGAAUUAUUGGCUGUUCGAUUUGUACGAUUUUUUAUGGGACUUAAUAUACGAGUAAUAAGGAAUUUUAUGUACCUAGCUUAUUAAGUAAUGAGAUUUUUUUUAAUAAUGGGGCUUGAGUAUGUUAAUUAAGUGCUAUUUUGUGAUCUAAUAGGUGAUGAUUACAGUAACUGUUCUGCUUCUUUGUACGUAAAAAAUACGCUACAAAUAAAUUUAUAGUCUUUGGGCCGCACCGACGUUCAUCCUUAGUAUGUGCAUCUAAAUAUAUUGCUUAAACAUAAGAUUAUACAAAAAUAUUAUUUACUUAAAUUUGAUUCCAACAAUUUUAAUAAAGAUAAUAAUUAUUAUUUUAUUUAAAUUAA